AUGGGCAUCAAAGGACUUCAUGGGCUACUGAAGUCCAUACAAAAGCCUUGUCAUGUUAAAAGCUUUAGUGGACAGACUCUCGGCGUGGACGCAUAUGGAUGGCUUCACCGUGGUACAGUGGCCUGCUCCGUUGACUUGGUCCUGGAGAGACCUACGCGGAAGCAUCUUGACUUUGUUCUAAAUCGUGUUCGGAUGCUCUUAUUCUUUGGUGUCAUUCCGUAUCUCGUUUUCGAUGGCGACAACUUACCCAGUAAGGCCGGAACUGAGCGCGACAGACAUCGGCGCCGCCAGGAGAGCAAAGCACUCGGUCUAGAGCUACAGCGCAAGGGCCGCCUACCCGAGGCCUACCAAGAGUUUCAGAAAGCUGUUGAUGUGACACCUUACAUGGCUCGGCAGUUGAUCGAGGAGUUGAAAGAGAUGAAUGUCCAAUACGUCGUGGCCCCGUACGAGGCCGACGCCCAGUUGGUCUAUCUGGAAAAGAAAGGCGUCAUUGACGGCAUCAUCUCCGAGGAUUCAGAUCUGUUGGUUUUCGGCGCAAAGAGACUCCUAUCGAAGAUGGACCAGCAUGGUGAUUGCAUUGAAAUAAAUCGAUCGGACUUCACAGCUUGUCGAGAAGUGAGUCUUGCCGGUUGGAGUGAUGAGGACUUCCGGCGAAUGUGCAUUCUGAGUGGGUGCGACUAUCUGGCCAAUAUCCCUAAGAUGGGACUGAAAACGGCAUAUCGCAGCAUUCGCAGGCACAAAACUGUUGAAAAGACCGUGCGCAUGCUGCAGUUUGAGAGCAAUAUCCAGGUUCCAGCAGACUACCUCGCAAAUUUCAAACAGGCCGAGCUCACCUUCCUGUACCAGCGAGUCUUCUGUCCAUAUGCCAAAAAGCUGGUGACCCUGACUGUGCCAGAGGCUAGCGUCAACAUUGAUGAGCUUUCCUUCAUUGGCCCAGACGUGGUAGCGGACGUUGCCGUGGGUGUUGCAUGCGGUGACCUGGACCCAACAACCAAACAACCAAUUGAAUUGAAACCAUUGACCCGAGGUAAAUUUCCCCUUGGGAUCACUCGCCGUCAAACGUUGGGUUCAUCUUCCGAGCUGAAGUCAAGCAAGCCCAUCAGUUCGCUCUUCACGCCCAAGCGAGUGCCUCUUGGCGAGCUGGAUCCGAACAGUCUCACUCCGUCUCCCAGCCAGCAGCGUCUUCUGGAAAGGAACAGGAACAAUUCCUGGCAAGCAAGCUCGGCUCCUUAUCGCUCCACCCAGAGUCGGUCGACUCCGGUUCGAACUCUGUCCGACCAACACCCCAGUCCUUUGAUCCGAAGCCUUGAACGCCAAUCUGCCUUGGCUCAGACUGCGAACGCCACACCUCAACCAACGAAGCGACAAAGACUUUGUUCCGAGUAUGAAGAUGACCAGCUCCCGGUGCACUCAGAAUCACUCAGUCGAUUCUUCUCUCCCAAAGCAAGCCCAGCCAGUCCUAGUGGACAAAAGGCCACUCGAAGCAAAAAGCAGCGCCAGUCUCACCUAGGCAUCUUUUCUGAUGAGUUGGCGGAAGACAUCUUCUCUGAAAUUGCCGACCAAUCUUCCCAGUCAGAUGCCUUGGGCUCGCUCGAAACACCUGCCACUAGUCAAAACUCAACACAACCUCAGUCGGAACACGAACAAAAGCCCGCGGCAAGCAAGGAAGAGGAGGACCUACUCUGCCGGGAGGACCAGACGUCCGCGGUAAACGAGAUCUCGCAAGACCAUGAUUUUGAUCAGGCAUUAAACUACCACGUCCAGCGACAGAACUCGCAGAUACUAUCCAAGUACACUUUCACGGCCGGCUCUAGUGAAACUGCUACAGGACUGUCGAUGGCUAAGAUUCCGGUCUUUCAAUCUGGCAAUAAACUCACGCCACCUGCAGCGCCGCGAACACCUUCGACUACCGCACAGAAUCGAGGCGCUCAGCGCCAGAGGCUUACACCUUUGCAGCGUCUCGGACACACGGCAUUAAGACGCUGCCAGUCCAUUAAUUUCCCCACAAAGCUUCGACGAAAUGAAUUCAGUGACGUGCAGAGUGAUCGAGAAUCUCCACUCAAAUCCCGGGUUCUCGCCGAAGGAGCCCAGGGGAGUGAAGAUUUCAUUGUUCCCCAAAGCGAUGAGGAAGAAGAUGACAACGAAACUCUCGAGAAACCGACUCCCGCAUUGGAUCUUCAGCGUUUCUCUUUUGCAGCGAGAUGA